UCGCACACCUCGUGUGUGCUCCUGGCACUCGCGUUCGUCCGUAACGUCGUAUCUUUCCCUGUCAGUGAGCGGAAGGGGAAGCAAGGGAGUCGGUUUUCCGCGACAGGAGCCACGCGUCGAUUCGUAUCGCGUCGUUCGAGAGGUGACGGACGAGGCAGGUGACGCGACGACGGCGGUGUUCGCGUUCCUGUUAUCGCCGCGUACCGCAAGCGCACCCAAGAGACGAAUUAAUGUGCGCGGGGCGGACGCGUGGUACCCUCGUGGCGGUCGCAAAUGCGCGUGGUAGCCGCCGCGGCGACGGCGACGCCAUCGCCGCGCCCGCGUCCGCGUCCGCGUCAGGAAGAUGUCAAACGUCGGCUCGCCGUUCGAGCGACUCGUGAACGGUGAGAACAGCGUGGACGCUGACGCCGCCGCCGCCGUCACCGUCACCGGCGCUGUCAGCGGCGGCAGGGGCGGAAGGAGGAGUGGAGGGGAGGAGGGCCGCGUGAGCGGUGGUGCGAGUGUGUUCGUCUCGAGGAGCCGCGGUGGUUACAGCGACGUCAGUGGUGUUGGUAACAGUGGUGCGGCCGCGAUCGUCGCGACCGCUCUUAUCGACGGCGCCGUCGUGACGUUGCCCGACGCCCGCGGCACGACGCCAGUCAAUUCCAGUCGCGAGGCAACGAUAUCGCGCACCCGCGACGACGGUUAUCGUUGCUAUACCUAUCUUGUCGCCGACGCGUCCCUGUCCUCGGCGACGACGCGCACGUCCAACGACGGUGAUGACGUCGUCGCGACGACGGGCCGCCGUGGAUUCGCCCUGAGCAGCGUCGAGACGACGACGACAACGACGACGACGACGACGACGCCGCUGCUGCUUCGUGCCGGUAGCACCGACGCGAGAGUAGUCAGUUUCGGCAACAGCAACAGCAGCGCCACAAACACCGCCGCCGUCGUUAUUGUUGACGCCGCGCCGCCGUUGUUUCACGAGGACGACGAGGACGACGACGACGACGGCGACGACAACGACGGCGACGACGACGACGACGGCGAGGACGGUGACGGCGACGACGACGACGACGACGACGACGACGACGAGGAGGAAGAGGAUCAUUUCCACUAUCACGAUCGCGGCAACAUGGUCGCGGCGAUGAACGAGCACCUGUCAAGCGCGACGACGACGACGACGUCGUCAUCGCCGGCGGCGGCGAACGCCGUUCGCAAUACCGUCGCGAUGUCGUCGUCGUCCUCCUCCUCGGCGUCGUCGGCUAUGAUGACGGCGAGCAGCACGAUCGCCAGCGGCAACAGUAAUCAUCCCCCGACGAUGAUGAUGAGCAACGUCGGGCUCGGCGCCAAUAACGGCAAUAGCUGCAACAACGCGCGCGGCCAGGGGUUCCAGGAGAUGGACGGCGACGACGUGAAACCCGUCAUCAACAGCGGCAGCGCUGCGGCUGCCGCCGCCGCCGGCAUCCUCAGCUUCCCUUGCGACUUCGAUCACAUGUACGCCAGCAUGACCGAUGGCGGGGCUCCGGCCGCGGCCGCGGCCCUCGGCGUCAGCCCCCUCCGCGGCAACGAGCCCCGUCAGAACGACCUAACCGAGGUCAAGCACCUGAAGGAGCUCCUGCUCCUGCAUCUCGAUCUCAUCCAGCAGCAGUCCGAGCAGAUAGUCACCAAGGACAAGCUCCUCGCCGCGCUGCGCCAGGAAAACGAGACGCUAAAGCUACGUUUGGAGCGUAUGGAGAGGCGGGUGAGUCUUCAAAAACUGAGAUCUGAAUGUGGCGAAAAUUUGACUGGUUCCGAACACCUGGGGACGUGUUCGCCUACUAGUGUCAAUUCGAUAAACGUACCAUCGACGAGCGAGCUGCACAGAAACGUUCAAUGCGAGAGUGGCAAUACUUUGCACGAGAGCUUUAAGAUACGUUUGAACACUAGCGGCGGUAUUACCACUGUGAAGCAAGAACCACUCGAUAAUCAAAUUAAGCUUGAAGUGAAGCAAGAACCUAACGAGUCUAGGUUUGAGUGGGAGGAGAAGAAGAAGAGACGAUCCGAUCCAACUCCAGUGUCUACAGGUAGUAAAAAGAAAAGGGGACUCUCCUGCUCGUCGACAGUUAGUACUGACGGCGUACAGGAUAAGGUGUUAGGUCAGACUUUACACGAGAUUGGUAGAAAGAACGAUAGGAAAGCGAAAUCCCUCGUGAAGAAAGAGUCCUUUCUCACGACGGAAGAGCAUUAUUAUACAGCUGUAGGGGAUCCAAAUUAUACGUUAAGUCUAAAACAGUCCAGUCCGGUAGAUACAGGUAAUUCUCUCGAAAUUCCAAAUUGGAGAGUAAAAGUAUACACGAGUUGCUACACAAUGGAGGGAACUGAGAACUUGGACGAUGAGAUUUUUAACAAGAGACAUUUGAAAUUGGAGAAUGACGAAAGGAGAAGGAAGCGAUGGGAUGUGCAGAGGAUAAGGGAACAAAGACAUAUAGAAAAAUUAAAACAAAGGCAAGAACGUCAAAAUCAUCAAGCUACGUGUUAUAAUACUAAUCAUACUGGUCCGUGUCCCUCGUCCAUGGAAGAGGAAACUGUUACGUCCUUGUGGCCUGAUGUAGAACAAAUUCAAAGUCUCCAAGUAGAUUCUCAUUUGCCAGUAACUGCAUUUGGCUCCCCUAUUCCUAGUUUUACUCCAAAUGAAUUUUCUUUACCUUGGUCGAAUACAGCACGAAUAAAGUGUCGACGUCCUAAACGUUCAACAAGUAGAAGAAAAUCUACAGGUAGGAGAAAAGUUUAGGGACUAUAAAUUUUUAUAAAAAUGGACAGAACUGAUUUUAUCUAUUGGUUUUAAACUCUUGAAGAAUAUUAUUGCUCCCUCUCUUACGCCAUAUUUGAAACAAAUUGUUUCUCGUUGCAGAUAAUGUAGGAGCCUUCUUUCCUCCCCUCCUCCCCCUCCCUCUCCCUUUGUCCCAAAGAUAUUUUUAUUGACUUUUUAAACAUCUCUGCAAUAUAAUAUACAUAGUUUAUUUUUUCUACAUUUUUGUCGAUUAAGUAAAUUCAUUGUCAAUUCUUCUUUGAUACAUCUAUUCUACAUUUUGUACUUGGUGUUGGUCGUUUUAUUUAUAUAACUAUGAAUUUAUGUAUAUCACACAUGACGAAACGAUGUAUCAGUUUGUACUGACAUAUCGAAAAAUCUUCAACUCUAAACCAGACUUCUGUUUCAUUUCAUUGAGUUGACAAUAUGAUAUUACCAAAAUUUUUUGACAUAUAUGUAAAACAAUUUAUAUUUUGUAAUUAAUUUUUUCUUUGCUAUUAUAAUUGUAAAAAUCUUAACAAAACUACCAUGUACACAUUAAUGACAUAUACUUUGUAAAAAUAUGUAAGGCAAUGUUACAUAACGGAAGAAUAUAAUCAGUUUUUAAAUCUUG